CGGUUCUGAGUUUGCCUUGGCACACCCUUUUUUGCUUUAAGCGAAUCUGGUAAAGCGGCAGUGUAUUAUAUCGGAUACUUGCUUCUUCUUGGUGGCGGUGGCUGAUUUAGCAUCUCUCGCCGUCGGGGUUUCAGUUUGAGUAACACUACGCAUCGUCUACCAGCUUGCGGAGGACGAGAGAGAGCCUUUUCCUGGCUUCAUUUGUCGUUGAAUUUCUUUUUUCAUCUUACCGUAUCCAUCUUACAAAGAAACUGAUGAUAAUUGGAGAAAUUCAGUUGAUAAAUACGAUAGCAUUUCUUCAUCGAUUGGAAGAUUCGGUUUCCACGAUUCUUCAAGGAGUUGAAAUUUCAGUGCCAUCCAUUCUUCCGUCAUUAGGUUAUAUCAUUUCUUACUAUAUAUCUUCCGUACUGCAACAACAUGCCUGUGGAAAUAUCAUCUUGCUCUCUUCAUCUUUCCCCUGUUUCGGCUAUAUCCUAUAGUAAAUCUAAUUUCGCAUCACAAAGUUCAAGAUUUAAUGCUCAGAUAUUGAAUUCCAGGCAAUUUAGUUCCAAAAUUUAUUGUCUUUCGACCCGUCCUGCGAAGAAAUCAAGUAUGAAAACAGACAAAAUCCUGGAGACAAAGGAACUGGUUUCUCUUUUGAUGAAGAAUUUCAGUGACAAGCGACCGCUGAUUACCACUCUAGAUAAGUACGUUAAGGUCAUGCGGGUGGAUCAUUGUUUCCUUCUCUUUGAAGAGCUUGGGAAAACUGAUAAGUGGCUUCAGUGUCUCGAGGUAUUCAGGUGGAUGCAGAAACAAAGAUGGUAUAUGGCAGAUAAUGGAGUAUAUUCAAAGCUGAUAUCAGUUAUGGGGAAGAAAGGUCAGACCAGAAUGGCAAUGUGGCUCUUCUCAGAGAUGCGAAGUAGCGGCUGCAAGCCGGAUACAUCCGUUUACAAUGCACUAAUCACAGCCCAUCUUCAUUCUCGAGACAAAUCGAAAGCUUUAAGCAAAGCAAUUGGAUAUCUCGAAAAAAUGAAAGGAAUGGAAAGGUGUAAACCGAACAUAGUCACAUACAACAUUCUCCUUAGAGCUUUCGCUCAAGCUCGAAACACCGUCCAAGUUGAAUUAUUGUUCAAAGAUCUUGAAGAAAGCAUCAUCUCCCCCGAUAUAUUCACUUUCAACGGCGUAAUGGAUGGAUAUGGAAAGAACGGGAUGAUAACUGAAAUGGAGUCAAUCCUCUCCCGAAUGAAGAGCAAACAGAUUAAGCCUGAUGUCAUCACGUUUAACUUGCUAAUAGAUGCUUACGGAAGGAAGCAAGAAUUCGAAAAGAUGGAGCAAGUCUACAAGAGCUUUCUUCGUUCUAAGGAGAAACCUACGAUUUCCACUUUUAAUUCCAUGAUUACUAACUAUGGGAAAGCGCGGUUAAGGGAGAGGGCGGAGUUCAUAUUUAAUAAAAUGACUGAAAUGGGAUACGUUCCUAACUUCAUUACUUAUGAAUGUUUGAUUGUGAUGUACGGUUAUUGCGAUUGUAUAUCGAGGGCUAGGGAGGUUUUCGAUGAAAUGGUGGGAUCGGGUAAAGAAGUGAAGACUUCUACCCUUAAUGUGAUGCUUGAUGCGUAUUGUGUGAAUGGUUUACAGAAUGAAGCAGACAAGCUGUUUGGAAGUGCAUCGAGUAUUAGGGUUCCUGUUAAUUCGUCUACUUAUAAGCUUCUUUAUAAGGCGUAUAGUAAGGGGAAUAUGAAGGGUUUGUUGGAGAAUUUGUUGAAGGAGAUGGAUAGAAAUGGGGUGAUUCCUAAUAAGAGGUUUUUUCUUGAUGCUUUAGGAGCGGUUGGAUCUUCUUCUUCUUCUUCACAGACAAGGUUGGUUGGAUCUUCUUCUUCACAGACAAGGUUGGCUGAAUCUUCUUCUUCUUCUUCACAGACAAGAUUGAAGUCGUCUACUUCUGUCAAAGCAAGGGAAGAAGAGGCUGCUGGCUAGCAAAUGACAUGAAUAUGGUAAUCUAUCUGUUCUCUUGUAGUGAACAUGUAUGUGAAUUACAGAUGACAUUUUUUUAGUUAUUCAUUCCAUUCUAGAGUUGAUGCA